AUGGGGGCCACAGGAACGGGAAAAUCCCGUCUCUCUGUUGACCUUGCCACCCAUUUUCGAGGAGAAAUAAUCAACUCGGAUAAAAUACAAGUAUACAAGGGACUUGAAAUUGUUACAAGCAAGAUCACCACACUGAGUAACAAGGUAAAAAUAUUGAAGACUCAACGUGUUCCAAUUAUUGAUGGAGGGUCAAAUUCGUAUAUUGAGAAACUUGUGGAAGAUCCUGUGUUCAUGUUCAAAUAUAAGUGUGAUAGUUGCUUUAUUUGGAUUGAUGUUGAGAAAUCAGUCUUGAACCGUAAAGUUGACAUGAGGGUUGAUCAAAUGGUGAAAGCAGGGCUAGUGGAUAAGGUGCGACAUAUUUUCAUUCCAAAUGCAGAUUCCACCAAAGGAAUCCGACGGUCCAUCGGUGUCUCUGAAAUGGACAUAUAUUUAAGGGAAGAAACAAAUAUAGACGGAGAUGAUGAAUCAAAGCAGAUGAUUCUUCAAACAUCAAUUUCAUGA